CUGCUAUCGUUCCAUGUAGCAUUACAAAUAUGGAUGCCAACGAGUCUGAAUUCAACCUGGACGAGGCACGGGAGACACUGUUCACCCUGCAGCGCGCCUGUGAGCGAUUCGCUGUUGCGCUCUGCAAAACUGUAGAUACACUUCACAGCAAAAAGGAAGAUGAUGAAUGGCUGCUGGAGGUCCUGGAUGAGGCGGUCAAGGGCGUCGCGUUCCACGAGCAGCAGCUCCAACUUUGGGGCGACUUCCAAGGGCGCGUGCACGCGUAUGUAGAGGAGGUGCGGCAAGAGGCCAACCAGCUAGCGAUAACAGAGCUACAAGGACGGCAAGAGGACGGCACCGCGGCCAAUGCUGGAGGUGGUGCGGAAGAAGCCAGCAGCUCAGACGCUGCAGGCAGCGGCGCGGCCGGGGCUGACGUGGCCAGCGCGGCGGCGGUCGCGGCCGGUGCAGCGCUGUCAACGCCGCUGGCAGGCGCAUCCCGGCGCAAGUCAACCAAGACAGUGCACCCCGAGUUGCUCAAGUUCAAACUUGAGAAGCAAGCCAAGAUUCUGGGGCGGUACGGCGGCGUGCCGGCCCUUGGCGGCGGCCUGGUGCUGUCACGGCUUAUGAAGGACUCUAUCCUCAAGGCCACCGGCAGCCCGGCAGCUCGCGAGAUCCACUACUCCAAGGUGGAGAACAAGGACGCGGCCAACCUGGCGGAGGUGAUGCGCUUCAAGGUGCGCAAGAGCGAGGAGGGCGGCGGCCCCGGUGGCCCCACGCCCGCGUUGAGCCCCUGGCAGGCGGAGCUCUCCACAAAGAAGGGCAAGACGGCGCUUGAUGGCACCGACGCCAAAGACCAGGUCACGCCCUCCACCCGCUCACACGCCGUGUAUGGAGACGAGCUCGGAGACGCGCUGCAGCAGCGGCAGGCGGCGCUGGAGCAGGCGCUUGCGGCGGAGCGGCAGGCAGCCGCCACGCCGGCGGCUGCCCUCGGGCCAGUCAUUUCUGCGGACGCCAUGGGAGAGCUCGCUGACAAGUUGCGGCGGCGCCAGUCCGUUGCGCAAGAGGCGGAAGCAGCCGCUGCGGCGGCUGCGGCCGAGGCUGCGGAGGCGGAGGCGGAGCCCGUCGCGCUGUCUUGGAGUAACACGUCAGCGCCGUUUGGGGGUGAGCUGGCGGCGGCGCUGCAGCGCCGCGCGGAGCAUCAGCGGCAGCCGGCAGGGACGCCUGGCGCGGCGGCCGGCGGAGAGGGCCGGACGUCAGGCAGCGGGGAAGGGGCAGCGGACGCGGCGGGGAGGCUGCCGCCGCGGCCGCCACUGGCAUCCACUCCUGGGCCGGCCACGCCGGGAACGCCGGUCAUGGGCCUGAUGACGCCGGCCGCUACGCGGCUGUCCGCGCCUCCCGGCUCCCUAACGCCGCACCUGCCGCUCCCGGGCAUGGGCAUGGGCGGCAGCAACGAGCUCGCAGAGAAGCUGAUGCGGCGGCGGUCCACGGUGGACGCCAGCAACAGCGCCAGCAACAGCGCCAGCGCCAGCGCUUCAUCGUCAGCGCAGCAGCGGGACACUGAGGCAGAGGGCGGCGGAGGCGCAGGCGGCAGCAUUGCGGAGUAGCACAACCCGGUGGCGGGUUGCCGGUUGGGCUGCCGGUAGGUGUCAAGUUUUAUGGCCGGAGGUCACGCAGCGCGCGUGAGGUGCUGAUGCGGGGAGGCAGCAGAUCAUGUGCGGGGAAGCAGGGGUUUCGGCGGCACGCGUGUCUCAUGUUUGCACGACAUGUAUCAGGCUCAAGCGGGUGGAGGGGCAGUAGGCCUUCUGGUUGGACGAGUUGGUGGGGCGUGGACACGGAUUGAGGAUUUGGCCUUGGGAAUGAGCCCCCGGAGAGGAGCGACAUCCGAGGGGGCCGCAGCCCCUGAGGAGCUGGAUUGGAAUCGCCGCAUCCGUUCGCGGUGCCUGCGUUUCACACCGGAAUGCGAACGUAGCGCAGGCCGUUUAUGCCUGUUGGUUGUUCUUGCGACUGCCCAAUUACCGUGCUAUGGCCGUAGUAUCCCUUUUCUAGAGCGGAUACAACGUCAUGUUUGUUGUUUGCUUGUGUUGCGUUUUUAAAGCACGUCGAUGAUGCCGGGGGUCACCGGUAAUUUAGGCGGGGCCUUCACCAGAGCCCUUUGGUUCUGUCAUUUACCGUAUUUCCAACACGAAAGCUUACAUCACGUAUCCUCAACCUACACCUUUACACCUUGGCAGACCGCAGGGUUUGCAUCUUCUAGGGAUAGGCCGCCGUCGCGUUUGCCCCCCUGUCCUGCACAGGGCUUGCAUCUAAUGGGAGCGGCAAGAAACGGGCCCCAAUGCAGGCCUGCGGGCGAGAAAGAUUGGGUCAUUUCCGGGGAU